UUUCGUUCCGAGCAGACGAAUGAAAAAGAAAGCUUCCUAAUCGAGAGACAUCUUGAUUGAUUCCCGAUAAAUCGGGGUAAACCACAGAUUAAACGUCUUAAGUUGUAUAAUCUUGGUUUUGUAUAAGCCGCAUUAUUCUUAUCGAUGCGCUAAAUGAAUGCUUUGUGCACAAGAUAUCUGUGCCACGUCUUCCAACGAUAUUCGUAUAAAUACCAGAGGAGUCUCCGGUGAAAAGCACAGAAGCCCAAGAAGCCGAAUCAACAUGUUCCAACAACUGAGUCUACUAGCACUGUUGGCGCUCGCUACAGCGAGCCCAACGCACAAGUUCAUCCCUCUGAACCCGCUAACCCCUAGCGGUCAGAUAAUCGGAGGCACGGACGCCAAGAUCGAGGAAUUUCCUCACCAGGUGUCUCUCCAGAGCUCCGGCUUCGGCUUCUGCGGCGGUAGCAUCAUCUCCGAUGUCUGGGUCGUCACCGCAGCCCACUGCAUGACUUCUUACCCCGCCAGCUGGAUAACCGUCAGAGCCGGCACCGCCACCAAGUCCUCCGGCGGCAGCCUUCACCAGGUAGAGCAAGUCAUCAUCCACGAGAACCACGUGACCAACAGGUACGGAGUCCCAGAGAACGACGUGGCGGUCCUCAAAGUGAAGACACCCUUCAAACUGGACAAGACCCGCCAACCCAUCAAGCUUUUCAAGAAGGGAGAAGAGUCCGUCGCCGGAGUCAGCGCCGUGAUCACCGGAUGGGGCGCCACCAGGGAGGGUGGAAGCACCAUCGACCGUCUCCAGACCGUCAACGUGCCUAUCGUCUCCAAGAGCUCCUGCGACACCGCAUACAAAUCCUACGGAGGUCUCCCCAGCGGACAAAUCUGCGCCGCGGUGCCCGAAGGAGGAAAGGACGCCUGCCAAGGUGACUCUGGCGGUCCUAUGACCAUCGGCGGCCGUCUCGCCGGGCUUGUGUCCUGGGGCUACGGAUGCGCCAGACGCGGAUACCCCGGUGUUCACACCGAGGUCGCCGCUUACAGCGACUGGAUCUCUUCCAAGACUGGAGUCAAACUGUAAACCCUUUAUAACGACCGAUUUGCCUACAAUUGACGAACCUUCGUCGAGCUUACAUUCUUUAGCCUUAUGUCUUAGAGCGCAUCUUAUAUUUGUAAUCCUUGUAAUAAAGCAUUGUGUUUGAAA